UACAUUUGCAGCUGUGCGCGCGCGUUCGGCGGGUUCCGUUAAAAUGGCGAGCCGAUGGAGGAGUGCAUAGCGAUAGAGACAGGAGUGCUUCUUUCUUUAACACGCAGGAGGGGAACAUCUGCACGAUGGCGGCUUUGGAUCAGAAAUCUCCCAACGUACUUCUGCAGAGUCUGUGCUGCAGGAUCACGGGGAAGAGUGAAGCUGACGUCGCACAUCAGUUUCAGUACGCUGUACGGGUCAUCGGGAGUAAUUACGCCCCUACCAUCGAGCGCGACGAGUUCCUGGUGUCCGAAAAGAUAAAAAAAGAAUUGUUAAAGCAGAGGCGAGAGGCAGACGCGGCUCUUUUUUCAGAGCUCCACAGAAAACUCCAAACCCAGGGGGUGCUUAAACACAGAUGGUCCAUCUUAUACCUCCUUCUCAGCCUCUGUGAGGAUCCGAGGAAACCGUCCACGCGGGUGGGCAGUUAUGGUUCGGUGUUCGCUCAGGCUCUGCCGCGCGAUGUGCACUCCACACCGUUCUACUACACGCGGCCACAGAGCCUGUCUCUCAGCUACCCCGAGCGCUCAGCACUGGCUGCACACAAUGCCUCCAGCAUGGGCACCAGCGGCAUCAGCAGCCUGGGCGUGUACUCACUGAACGGCCCUGGCACCGGCCCUCCGUCUCUGCUCACUGGCUCUCAAGCUGCAGGCGAUCCUGGACGUGGCCCUCGUCUUUGGGCGCUCCCAGUCACCGGGGUUGCUCCACCGAACUCCCGACCCACAACAGGCCCCGCCCCCGGGCCCACCUCCAGUCCCGCACCUAGAUUGCCUCACAGACCGAGACGGGACGGUGACACCGGUGCUGAAAUCAGUGAGGCCGCCCUGGUGCGAGACAUCCUUUACGUCUUCCAGGGAAUUGACGGGAAAUUCAUUAAGAUGAGCACUCCAGAGAACUGCUACAAAAUCGAUUCAAAGGUUCCAAUGUGCAAGUCUUUGCGGGACACCAGUAGCCGGCUAGCAGAACUCGGCUGGCUUCAUAACAAAGUCCGGAAGUACACAGACUCUCGAAGUUUAGACCGAGCCUUCGGAUUGGUCGGCCAGAGUUUCUGUGCCUCCCUACACCAGGAGCUGAAGGAGUAUUACAGGCUGCUGUCAGUCCUGCACUCACAGCUGCAGUUAGAGGAUGACCAGGGAGUGAACGUUGGACUGGAGAGCACACUCACCCUAAGACGGCUCCUCGUGUGGACGUACGACCCUAAAAUCCGCCUGAAGACCCUCGCGGCACUCGUCGACUACUGCCAGGGCCGUAAGGGAGGAGAGCUAGCCUCCGCCGUGCACGCGUACGGUAAGACCGGCGACCCUCACAUGAGAGCGCUGGUCCAGCACAUCCUCGGCCUGGUCUCCCACCCCAUUCUCAACUUCCUGUACCGCUGGAUCUACGACGGCGAGCUCGAGGACACGUACCAUGAGUUCUUCGUAGCGUCGGAUCCGACUGUAAAGACAGACAGAUUGUGGCACGAUAAAUACUCUCUGAGGAAGUCGAUGAUUCCCUCCUUCAUAACCAUGGAUCAGGCCAGGAAGGUCCUGCUCAUCGGCAAAUCCAUCAACUUCCUGCAUCAGGUGUGCCACGACAGGACGCCACCUGGCAAGAUCCUGGCUGCCUCCAAAUCUGCCGACUCGCCCAAAGACGCGACCGAGCUGUUCACAGACCUGGAGGGGGCGUUCCAGAGUAAGAUCGACGCUGCGUACUUCGAGACCAGUAAGUACCUGCUGGACGUGCUGAAUAAGAACUACCAGCUGCUGGAGCACCUGCAGGCCAUGAGGAGAUACCUGCUGCUGGGCCAGGGAGACUUCAUUAGACAUCUGAUGGACCUGCUGAAGCCCGAGCUGGCGCGCGCCGCCACCACGCUGUACCAGCACAACCUGACCGGGAUCCUGGAGACGGCGGUCCGAGCCACCAACGCUCAGUUCGACAGCCCUGACAUCCUGAAGAGGCUGGACGUGCGGCUGCUGGAGGUGUCUCCAGGUGACACGGGUUGGGACGUUUUCAGCCUGGACUAUCACGUCGACGGGCCUAUCGCCACGGUGUUCACUCGCGAGUGUAUGAGCCAUUACUUGCGGGUCUUCAACUUCCUGUGGCGAGCCAAGCGCAUGGAGUAUAUCCUGACCGACAUCUGGAAGAGCCAGAUGUGUAACGCCAAGCUGUUGAAGAGCAUGCCUGAGCUGUCUGGAGUUCUGCAUCAGUGUCACAUCUUGGCCUCAGAGAUGGUCCAUUUCAUCCACCAGAUGCAGUACUACAUCACAUUCGAGGUGUUGGAAUGUUCCUGGGAUGAGCUGUGGAAUAAGGUGCAGCAGGCUCAAGAUCUGGAUCACAUCAUAGCAGCCCAUGAGGUUUUCCUUGACACCAUUAUCUCUCGUUGCCUCCUGGAUUCUAACAGCAGGUCUUUAUUGAACCAGCUGCGGGCCGUGUUCGACCAGAUCAUCGAGUUCCAGAACGCUCAGAACGCUCUGUACCGCUCAGCCCUGGAGGAACUGCAGCUCCGAGUGCAGUAUGAGGACGCCAAGAGACGCAGAGAGGGAGAGGGAGAGUGGGGUGUGACGGCGGAGCAGGAAGCGGUGGAAAACAGACGAGUGCAGGAGUUUAAGGACACCAUACCAAAAACGUGCUCUCAGCUCAGACUCCUUACACACUUCUACCAGGGCAUCGUCCAGGAGUUCUUACGCCUCCUCAUGACCAGCUCGGAUGAGAGUCUGCAGUUCCUCAGCUUCCGGCUAGACUUCAACGAGCACUACAAGGCCCGGGACCCUCGUCUGCGUCCUUCGCUGGGAGCCACCAGAGGGCGUCGUAGCUCCAACAUCUAACCCAAACCAUGUGCGUUUAGAACGGACGCUGAUGUGGAGAAGUGCUCAAUGCAUAGCGCUUACAAAAAAAAAGUGAAUAGAACACAAUAAAAAUUCAACCUUUAACUUAUAAGUUAUCACAGAUUGUCCUGAAAAGCUUAAUGACUCUUAGAAGUGUGGAACUUUUUAGCACAGAGUCACAAGUCUGGUAUCAAAUCUUUGUUAAUGUUUGACAACUUCUUUCUCUACAUAUCUGAAUAUUAAGGGCAGAUCAGCCUUUUUUUCUUUUUUUUUUUUUUCUUCCAGCAGCCAUUUUAACACUGUGUUACAUAUAAGUCCAAGAUUGUGCAAGCGUAUCUCUUGUUGCACAUAUGAAAUCAGCUUUACUUCAGUCUUAAUGGCAAGUGUCUGAUCUACGAGCAGCUUGUUGUGGGAUUGUUUUUAAUCUCAAUAAUCCCACAGUAAGUAGGUUUGAUUAGAAAAUGGACAGUUCUGGUUCUGAAAUCAGGGCCAUGUUCAAAGCCCUUGUCAAAUCUAAUACACGCGCACAGCUGUCAGCGUAUCGCAAAACAAAAACAAAAAACCUUUAUUAAUGCUUCAGGUUUUAAUCCAGUCAAAUUUAAGGCGUGGUUUUUGUCUGUAGAAUAUCCUAAUUUUUUCCAGACAGACUACACAAAUGUAUUGAAUUCUCUAUUGAACAUUGGAUUGAAUCCUAUUGUUUUUCAUUUGCUCCAAAUUUUAAAAGGAAAACACAACUCCAGGGUGUGUGUUACGAUAAUUUAAUCUCGCUCCAUCAUGCCCUGUUUAAGAACUCGCUUUCUUGUGAUCAAAUUAUUGUAACACAGCUUCUCAUGGCAUGU